UGUAACAUAGUAUAGCAUAAUGGAUAAUUAGGGCUAGAGGACAGUGAUGUGGUAUCAAGUAGUAUUACAUGUUCAGGCGUUUUGAAUAUCCCAGCCAAUCACACAAAGGGACAGCCAAUGUUGAUUUGCAUGCGCCUCCUAUAUAUUCAGCGGUCACACGGCUUGCUCUCCAUUCGAAUCUAAUCAUGCCUGAUCCAGCACCUAAGAUCGCACCCAAGAAGGGCUCCAAGAAGGCCGUCUCUAAGACGGCGGUGAAGGGCGGCAAGAAGCGCCGUAAGACCAGGAAGGAGAGCUACGCCAUCUACGUGUACAAGGUACUGAAGCAGGUCCACCCCGACACCGGUAUCUCCUCCAAGGCGAUGGGAAUCAUGAACUCCUUUGUCAACGACAUCUUUGAGCGCAUCGCCGGUGAGGCCUCUCGCCUUGCUCACUACAACAAACGCUCCACCAUCACCUCCAGGGAGAUCCAGACCGCCGUCCGCCUGCUGCUGCCCGGUGAGCUGGCCAAGCACGCUGUGUCUGAGGGCACCAAGGCCGUGACCAAGUACACCAGCUCCAAGUAAACUACAACAGUUUAUCUAAACCAUCGGUCCUUUUAAGGACCACCCAAACUACAAUAAGACCUACUCCUCAAAUGUCUCGAUCGUACCAUUUACUAUACAGGCCUGAUAGAUUUCAGGCAUGGUGCCUGAUUUAAGGCUUGAGCUCGGCAAGCAUGUUAAAAGAAAUGGGUGAGCAGUGCCUUUUUAAAAAUGUCCUGUCAACACGUCAACCUGACUGACAUGUCUGCCACCAACUAGGCGUCUGUACAAGGAAGUCUUUACCUAUGUAUGUUUGCACUGAGGAUGUUCUGAAUGGGACUGAAAACGUUUUGCACGCACUUUGGGUAACACUUUCAUGCAAUAAAAACGUAUUGUUGCAUCGGCUA